AUGAGACGCCCGUCUCCACUGGAUUCAUCGGAGAGGCAUCCGCCACCAUCAGAACCAGAAGAAAAGCUUGGCAACUCCAAACUUUCUUGGGAAAAUGAGGACGAAUGGGAGAAGAAAUUCGUGAGCCACAAAUCAAAGAGUAAGGAACCUGCAGGUCUUUCUGAAGAGUUGCCAGAGAUUGAUAGUGAGGAGAUAGUAUCCGCAAAAGGUCGCUCCCAUAAGGCAGAAGAAGAAUCAGAUAAAGAGAUUUUCGAUCUAGCUCCAGCUGGCCGCAGUAGAGGAAGUUCGAGAGGAGAAUCUGGAGGCCUCGGAUCUGCGGCUAGUGAAUCGUCAAGGUUAGGUGGAGGAGGACUCGGAUCUUCCGGGUUUAAUGGAGGAAGUGGAUCUUCCGGAUUUGGUGGAGGCAGCGGAUCCUCAGGG